AGGUAGUAGUUACGGUUUAUAUUAAAUUGUUGUCUUCAAAAGCGCUCCGCCUCGUUUCUAUCGGUGUGCUGGCUGGGCUCACAGAUUUCUAUAAUAUGUAUGGGCCUUGGAGGCCACUAUAUUUAAACUGUGGUUCAUUUGAGCAAACGAGGCGAGGUUGGCACAAAGGCUAGAAGGCCAUGCCAUUAAAGAUUAUUAAAAAAAACAGGCGAGCGAGCGGAUAUCAGAUGUUUUCUGUCAACCAAGUAUGUGUCACUGUCGAUCAAAGCUGUCCUGUCGAUCUGCCCAUUUUGCUGUCAAGUUUAUUAUUGUAAAUAUUUAAAGUGGAAAGUUGUUUGUUAUUAUAGCUAAAUACUUCGUUGGUUUGUGUAGUAGUAAAGUGUAAAUUCGCACAGAAUUCUAAGCAUGCUUUAAUAAAACAACAAUUUCAUCAUGUUGACAUUAUACUAUUUAAUGAAAAAAUCUAAAAGUAAAUCGAAAUUAAAUGCUUUCAAUUAUUAUAAAAAUGUACAACGAAAUAAGAAUAAACUUUUAAAAUCAAAAGAAGGCAUCAUCACAAAAUGCCGCGUGUGCUUGCAAGAAGGUUGUAUGCCGAUUUUCGGGAGCGAAGAUACGGAAUCAAUUGUUGAGGCCCUAGCUGCUGUCGCCAAUAUAACAGUGACUGAAAAUGAAGAGCAUCCAAGGUAUUUGUGUGAUAUAUGCCACGAGUUCAUUAAAGGAGCCAUAUUAUUUCGAAAAGUUGCCAAAGAAUCUGAGGAAAUUCUGAAACAACCAGUAAAGGAAGAAUCAUUGGAUGAACAAACAUAUGACCAAGAUAAUCAAGAAUUCAGCGACAAAAGCUUAUCCUAUGAUACGAAACAGCCCGAAAAGUGGGAUAAUGAAGAGGUUAAUCAAGUGAAAACUGAAAAAAUUAAAACAAAAAUAAAAUAUGCACCUAAAGUGACUUGCAGUGUUUGUAAUAAGGUCAUAAACCGCUCCUAUUACAAGGAACACAUGACUAUGCAUGACCCAGAUCAUAAAAAGUAUGUGUGUGAUGUUUGUGGUAAGUCAUUCAGACUGCGGUGCGCUUACCACAACCAUAGCUUAAGGCAUGGAAACGAGUUCCCAUACAAAUGUCAAUUUUGUCCAUAUCGAGGAAGAUAUUCAGAGCUACUUAAAACUCAUAUGAGAACUCACACAGGGGACUAUCGGUACAUGUGUACAGAAUGUCCAGCUAGGUUCCUAUUCAAAAGUAACUUGAAUAGUCAUGCAUUGAAGCACAAAGAGCCACAACUUCAAUGUGAAGCUUGCAAGAGAGCUUUUCACACAAAAUUGUUGCUACAAAGGCAUUAUGAAGCUGACCACUUGGGCAUUAAGAACCAUGUUUGCAAUAUUUGUGGGAAAGCAUUUGGAUACAGAAAUGCUAUGAUGAAACAUCAGAGGCAUGUGCAUAAGAGGGAAAAACUACUGUUUGGCAGAAUGCCUGCUUAUUUAGAGGCCCAACAUAGAAGUGAAGAGGGUGAUUAAUUUUUGUAUUAUGUUGUUCUCAGUUAUUGUACAAUUAUAUAAGUCUCUCGUUUGUAAUUCAACCUUACUUAUUAUUGUGUAAGUGAAAAAAUUUUUAGAUUGACCUCUAAUAUAAAAUGAAACUGA